UCUCAACGGGGAACCUGCGUCGCGCCGAGUUUCAUUUCCCGUCUUUCUCUGUUUAUUUACACGGUUUUCCGACCUUUUUCUGUUUUGAUACGAACCGGUCAUCGGCCAAUAUUUUUUUACGGAUUUUCCAUUUUUCGUACCUCAUCCAGCCGGUUGAAGUUGUUCCGGUGGCACGCGAUUCAUGAAUUGUUUACAUCUGGAUGUUCGAAAAUCGCCCGUUCGGUUUUGUAGUUCCUCUUAUCUGUGACGCCCAUCGACAAGUGUGAUUUGAUAAUCAAAGUUUUGCCGCGAUUUUUCGUGUGAUUGCAUCCAGCGAUGAGGAAAUCCCGGUCUGGAAUUUUGGAUUACUUCUGAUGAACGUCCUGGAAUGGCAGCAUGUCUUCGAUUUAACAUCGGUGGAGUGGCAUUGUUUUUUCGUUUGAAACCGCAUUAAGCAAGUGUAUCUCAAAUCGCGGAAAGUUUUAAAGUAUUCGGAUGUUUUGUUGAUCUUCGUUAAUUCUCCUCGAUGAAAGAUUUUUCCAGUGUGAUCGAGUUUAGUUUUCCGUUCAGUUGAAUCCUGCCUCCUCGACCAAUUCACCUUCGAUCAAUCCAGUUCUAUUUAUUUUUCCUCCUGAUUAUUUUUUCCGUAUUUGAGCCCAGUUCUUACGGAAACAGUGAAAAUCUUGCGUUUCAUACUUUAACGUGAUUACCUCUGGAAUUAUUUAUUGUGUAGUGUUAGUGCCAAGUUUUUCCAUUUGGAAUCGCUUCGGAAUUUUGGAUAGUCCCUCAUUCGCCCCUUCAUUUAAAGAGAAGGGAAAACUAUCGGUUAUGGUGUUGAGAAUCAGAUAGUAGUAAGGGCUUGCGGGCCUCCAACGAUCAUGGGAGCUCCCCCUCUGCUCUACAUUGCUGCCGCUGUAAUCAUUUACAGAGCUGCCGCCGAACAAGUUGUUAUACUGGACACUUCCAAUGAACCGAAAUUGGGUUGGACCCGCUAUCCGUUCGACGCUCAAGCGACAACACCAGGGUGGUUGGAGGAGUCGUUCACGCGGUUCGAGCAGGGGAUCAACUGGCGGGCGUACACGGUGUGCGACGUGGCGCACAACAACGUCAACAACUGGUUGUGGACGCCGUUCGUGGAGCGCGGGAACGCGAAUCGCAUCUACAUCGAGAUCAAAUUCACCAUCCGGGAGUGCGAUCUCUUCCCCGGCAACGCGUUGUCCUGCAAGGAGACCUUCUCGCUCCUCUACUACGAGUUCGAUGUCGCCAACAAGGACCCGCCACCCUGGGAGCCCGAUAGCUACAAACUAAUCGGUCGGAUUGCUGCUGGGGAAGGUCGCUUCAAAAUUAACACAGACGUGACCAUCAACACCGAAGUCAAGUCGAUCCCAGUUACCAAGAAAGGUGUAUUUUUCGCCUUCAGGGACCAAGGGGCUUGCAUCUCCCUACUAGCAAUCAAGAUCUACUAUAUCAUGUGUCCGGAGGUGACGAUCAACUUCGCGCAUUUCAACGCGACGCCGACGGGGCGAGAAGUGACGCUGAUCGAGCAAUCCACCGGUCGCUGCGUGGACAACGCCGAAGUGGUGGAUGGGAGCCCGACCUACCUGUGCAAAGGCGACGGGAAGUGGUACCUCCCCACCGGUGGCUGUAAGUGCAAGCCUGGCUUCGAACCCGACCACGCCAAACAGACCUGCAACGUAUGUCCAACGGGGAAAUUCAAGCACGCCACAGGGGACAAUCGCUGCCAGCCCUGUCCAGCCAACAGCAAAGCACCAGAUUAUGGCUUCGCCGAGUGCAAGUGUAAUUCUGGUUAUUAUCGUGCCGCCAAAGACCCCAAAAGCAUGGCCUGCACCCAGCCACCAUCAGCGCCGCAAAAUUUGACCAUCAAUUUUGUGGAUCAAUCGACCGUCAUUCUAUCCUGGUCACCGCCCAGUUUUCAGGGCGGCCGUUCUGACACCGAAUACAGUAUCGUAUGCGACGCUUGCGGACCAUCCGUCACGUACCUACCUCACUCCGCGCCGUUCAACGACACGAAGGUGACGAUCUCGGGGCUCUCGCCGGUGACGACGUACCUGUUCCAAGUGCAGGCGUCCAACGGGGUCUCGAGCCUGAGCGGGGACAAGCACGAGUCGGUGGACAUCACGGUCACGACCGAGGCGAGUGUCACUUCGGCCUCGGUCAACUCCGUCCGGGUCAUCUCCGUCAAGUCCAACGAGAUCACCCUCAAGUGGGACCCGCCCUUCAUCACCGACGACGAGGGAGAGGGCGCCGACGCUGUCGAAAAAUACGAGGUUCGUUGCUUCACCAGAAAUAACGACUCUAACGGAACAAUUGAAGUUACCAAAAGUCAAGAAAUGACAUUCACAGGGCUCAAGCCUCGAACCGAGUAUGGGUUCCAAGUGAGAGCGAAAACAACAAAUGGUUGGGGAGAAUUCAGUCCAGUCAUCUUCAAAACUACCCCAGGCCAGAUCAUCAGUCCAGCAUACAUUGGAGAUGAAGAUAGUAUGCAAGUGAGAGUCAUCGCUGGUGUCACUGUAGUAGUCGUGGUGCUCAUCGUCAUUGUCAUCAUUAUAACAGUCGUAUUUUUACGCAGCUACGAAAAUGAAUUUUUGUUUAGCAGAGGCAGCGACGAAUGCAAUAAAAAACAGCCAAGUGACUGUGAUACUUUAGAAUACCGCAACGGUGAAGGAUUAGUAGUCACUUACAUGCAUUUGGACAAUCCGCCUAUAGUUACCACUCAUAAAAAUGGCAUGACUACGCCUUUAUUUAAUCAAGUAGGAACAAAUAACUCGAGGAUGUAUGUAGAUCCUCACACCUAUGAAGAUCCUAAUCAAGCUGUGAGACAGUUUGCAAGAGAGAUUGAUGCAUCUUUCAUCACAAUUGAAGCCAUAAUUGGUGGUGGAGAAUUUGGUGAUGUUUGCCGAGGAAAAUUAAAGUUACCGACCGACGGCCGGCCGGAAAUAGAUGUAGCUAUUAAAACAUUGAAACCUGGAAGCUCAGAUAAGGCCAGGAAUGACUUUCUAACAGAAGCAUCCAUAAUGGGCCAAUUUGAACAUCCAAAUGUGAUAUUCUUGCAAGGUGUCGUGACAACGUCAAACCCUGUAAUGAUCAUCACAGAAUAUAUGGAGAAUGGCUCCCUCGAUACGUUCCUUCGAGCAAACGAUGGGAAGUUCCAGCUUGUACAGUUGGCUGGAAUGCUACGAGGGAUUGCCUCUGGCAUGCAGUACUUGAGCGAAAUGAGUUAUGUUCAUCGAGAUUUAGCUGCGCGCAAUGUUUUAGUCAAUGCACAACUGAUUUGUAAAAUCGCUGAUUUUGGACUUAGUCGAGAAAUAGAAAGUACCACUGAAGGUGCUUACACAACUAGGGGAGGUAAAAUUCCAGUGCGGUGGACAGCCCCAGAAGCAAUUGCUUUUCGUAAAUUCACAAGUGCUUCCGAUGUCUGGUCAUUUGGCAUUGUUUGUUGGGAAGUAAUGUCCUACGGAGAGAGACCUUAUUGGAAUUGGAGUAAUCAAGAUGUAAUCAAAUCAAUUGAAAAAGGUUAUAGACUACCCGCUCCUAUGGAUUGUCCAGAAGCAAUAUAUCAAUUAAUGCUAGACAGUUGGCAGAAAGAAAGAACGCAUCGACCUACCUUCUCCUCAAUUGUCAAAACCUUAGAUAAGUUGAUUAGAUGUCCUGACACCCUUAGAAAAAUAGCCCAAAAUAGGACGGCCAAUCCCUUAGCUUCUGAUGCACCAGACAUGACCCAGUUUUCAUCAGUCAGUGACUGGCUUAGCUCUAUAAAAAUGGCGCGGUAUCUGGAAAAUUUUGAGCGAGCAGGAAUAACUAGCAUGGAGGCUGUUGUGCGAUUGACCGUUCAAGAACUCACGCUCCUUGGCAUCACUCUAGUCGGUCACCAGAAGAAGAUAAUGAACAGUGUGCAAGCAAUGCGUGCUCAGAUUUCUGCUAACUUGUCAGAAGGCUUCCUUGUUUAGGUCUCGCUUCACUUGAAUUUUCAUCUGUGAUUAAAUUUUUUAACAGUCUCUCGACUCCUAUGUUUUUCUCCUAAUUUUAUUCCUGUAAAUGACUAGAUUGUAAUUAAAUUUUAUUUAUUGAAUUUUUUUUAUCAACCUAACAUAAAUAAUUGCUGUAAAUAUGUCCAUAAUUUAUUCUUGUCUGUGUUAAAAACUUAAUCAGCGUAAACAUAUUAUUAUUUUUUUUUACACAACCAUCCUCAAUAAAUUUUAGUUAUGAUUUUGAGCCGUAUGGAUAAAAGAUAAAAAUGAAGGGAGAAUUUGAUAGAAAGCCAGGUUUUAUCGGUUUGCAGAGAUUGUGUGAUUCCUGCUUUGUUGGAUGGUACCAAUGGGCGUUGAUCUUGAAGUCUCAUUGAUUUUUUUAAACUCAAUUUUUAUCAUAGAGCUCAGGAAAGCUUCCUUAAAGAAAAGUAACAAAGAUAAAAAGUAUCACUCUCAAAGGGAUGAAUUCAUCCUAUUUUUUCAAGUAUAACUUUCAAAGCAUCAUUCUCUUCUCAUGAUCAUAGCUAGGGGGUCCUGGGGGGAGAGAGGGAGCCUUUUCCCCAGAAAAUCUAUAACUGUGCCUAUGUAGUCGCUCAAUACCAGUACAUCCCUGUGAGGGUAAUAGCAACUCUUGCAUCUUCCCACUCCUGGUUUGGCUUUAAAACCUUCGUAAAAAUUCUAAUUUUUGUCAUCUAUUUUUUUAAAUAUGGUAAAAUACCGAAUCAUUGAAAUUCGAUUUUGCCACCGAACCUAAAUGUGCAUUGAAGUGGAAAAGAGGCAAAAUCAAUAAUGUUUACUUAUUGCAUGAUUAAAUAGACAGUUGCAGAACUUUCAUACUAAGGCUUCACCAAACCUGUGAAAUUGUAUAAAAUUAUGUCUGCAAGUUAAUCAUUGGUUGUACAAUCCUAAUUUUUACAUACCCUAGUUUUUUGUUUUUCUACCCGUCUAAUUUGUAUAUUUUGUAUAUAAUUGAGAAUGAUUUUUAUCUAUGUUUUUAAGUAUCCAUGAAGGACAAUUUUUCCUGUUCAACAAAGCUUAAAUUGAUUUGUUUUACCAUGUAAAUUGUACAAAGAGUUCAUGUACCAUAUUGUAAUUUGACUCUUCUUGUAGGAUUUAAUUUGUGUAUAGAUUGAAUUUUGAUUUAAUGGAUGACUCUUCUGUUUACUAGAGCAUCAUUUAUCGUUUUCAAGCUUAACUGAAGCUUCUUUGACUGUCUCGUGAAACUUUGAUAGGUAUUUGUUUUCAAUGAAGUAGCUUUCUCGAAAAUGUAACAAAAUAUCACUACCAAUUGGAUAGAUUAAAGCAAGACAGCCAUAUUUGCACCGGCAAUGUUGAAGACAGACAUACCCACAUAACUUUGCUGCUUUGAAAAAAUUGCUAAUGAAACUUUAAUUUUGAGCUAAAACAUAUUUUAAUUGAAAAUUCUAUCACUGGAACCUACCCUUGUUGCAAUUUCAAAAUAUUCUGCUGUCUAAAAAUGAUUCAGAUGUUGUAAAAUGGAUUAAUGCCUCAUAAAUCAACUAUUCCCAAGCUCUAGGAGUUUGUGUUGACUCUAGAUGAGAGCAUUAAAUAAAAAAACUUCCAUGAAUCAUUAUUCUUACCUCUUUUUAUCAUCAUUUUCAGUUCGCAAUGUUUAGAUUCUUUGCAAAUCCUUUGAACCAAGAUUGAUAAUUGCAUGUAUGUAAUAGACUGAAUUCAGAUUUAAAAGAUUUCAUUUUUCUCACCGAUGUACUCACAGUAUUUUUAAAGGUUGUAAAAAAAGUUCAGAACUUCUGAGGAACUAGUGAAAAUUAAUAUUUACUCUGUGUGAUAUAGCACAACAAGCUGUCCUAUCUGGGUUCCUUUAAUAUUUAAGUAGACAAAUGUGUCUUACAAGUUUAAGAAGUGCCAUUCUUUGGUGAUGAUAAAAUUAUUCAAUACAUCUCUCAAGCUCAUUAACUCUACCUCUCAAGUUAAGUGAAAGCAGGUUAUAAUGGUAAUGAUGAGAUCAUUAAUAAAGAGGAAGUGAUAAACAAAUACAAUUAUUGAACUAUUGCAAUGAGAGAGACUUUGAAACCUCUAAUUUUUUUCUUCAUUGUUUAGAGGAUGCAUUAUUUUGAAGAAGUUGCUCGGUUUCAGAAAAAACUAAACAAACCAUACGGUUCUGCCACUCUCAAGCUUCUCAUGGUUUUUUCCAUCUUGAACAACGAUGCCAUCUGUCCUUUUCUCUACCUCUGUACAAGAUUAUAUAAAUAUCGACACUUUUAUUUUUCUACACUGCCCUGUUACACUGUUACAGACUGAAAUUGUUUUCAAGUUCAGUGCAUUCACUUACUAUGUAUAUUUUACAAGUUGAAAUCUCAAUAGAAAUAAUUUUAUUCCUCAGUCUCGGCUCCACUGCAUCUUGUUUUGUUUUGUCUUUUAGUAGAAUAUGUUUCGAUGAUGAAUUUUUGUAUCUUACAGCUUACCAAUAUCUGUCAUAUUUUAGGUACAGUCAUUAAAUUCAGAGGAAAGCUUUUUUCAACUUGAAAUGAUUAUUCAUCAGAAAAACAUGCCCAACUCUAUGCUGCCCUUAAUUGAUUUAAUGAACCUCUCAGCAUUUCAUUCUUGAUGAAAACAAACUGAAUUUAGUAUUUUCCAGAUUCAAGUGCAUAUUUUGUCCGCAUUAUCAUCUCUCAGAUUUUGAUCAGGAUCUGAGAAUACAUGAAAACACUGAAAGCUAUGAGCUAAGGCUUGGAAAGGAUUUUUCCUUUCAGAAAAAUAUAUCAAAUUGAUAACAUAUUUUGGCUUAUCUCGAUUCAUUUGAAGCUCCUUUUACCCCAGACACACUGCCAGUAAUUUUAUCUUUACGAACUUUUAGAAACUCUUUGAAGUGAUCAAUCUUUGCCUUAAGUAUUUGUUAACGAAUUAUAAAGGCGGGGAUUUGUUUCCGGAUUCCAAAGCUUCUAGUUUAUCACUCAUUAUUACAUUUGAAAAUGAAGGAAUACCUCUGCGUGAAACUUUUAAUAACUUCUUCAAACAAAUCUAAAUUACUCAAACUAAGCUAUUUAAAAAAAAAAAAAGAUGAUUAAUUUUCUCAAACCAAAAUGAAGCAGAAACCACAUGAUUUUGCGAAGUUAGGUAAAGAAAUGCUUUUGGUGCAAAGAAAUGUAUCAGCACUCUCUGCAGAGCCAUUUCCUUUUCCAAUGGUUUUGUGAUUUUUGCUUCCUAUUUUGUAACGAUAAAAUUUCAGGAUUCCUAGUGCAUCACUUAUUUUCCUUCAAUUCAGCUUGUGCCACUCUAAAAUAUUAGAGGCUCUUGAGCUUUGAGAGUAAAGAGCAGUCUUUCAGGGUUAAAUCUUUUGGAUUUAUAGCCUAAUAACCUUGAUACCAACCGUCCAUAGUGAUUCCAAAGAAAUUUUACCUUCCUUGUAAAACCCAGAGCAAAUAUUAGUGAUUUUCCGAAGUUUCCUUUUUUUAUGAUGCAUACUAUCAAGUAGUGUGUGAUACCUAUUCAAUAUUAUUGUCUAAUAAUUAUUUGUUCAAUGUGACGAGACUGACAUACCUGUAAAAAUUUAUGUGAGCUAUAAAUGUAAUUGUCAAUUUGAAUGUAUGAAAGAAGUUUGUAAAUCAAAAUAAUAAAUUUGAAUAAUUUUUA